GAGAUGGAUUCAAUUAUAUAAAGAGGCUCAAUUGUCUUCAGAAAUGUACAGCUUGGUAGGAGUGAAUCCAGACAUCAGACUAAACAUCCAGAUCUCAUAACUUGAAAAAAAAUGCCAUUGUUCCACAUUGAUUCCACUCUUUCCUUCGACAAGAAGCAACCAUCCUUGCCAGACAGAACCACCUCUUUCCUUGGUGACACUUUCACCUCUGAUGCUCCAAAGGAACAACAGAUCUCCUGUGGUUUCUACCAAGAGUUCUCCAACGCUGGCAACCCAUUGACCUAUCAUUACGAUUACGAUGAGAUGAAGAUCUGUUUGGAGAUUGUCUCCCCAACCGAUGAGCCAGCCCACUUCUUUGUUACUGACGAGGAAGGUAAGAAGGUUGAGGUCAAGCAACACGAUGUCUUGUACUUCCCAAAGGGUUGUACCAUCACUUUUGAGGUUACUGGCCCAGAAGGUUCUUACGCUAAGAACUUCUUCACCGGUUUGCGUCCAGCUGAUGCUGCUUAAAAGGCUUGU